ACUCGAGACCGAAUAUCCUGCCCUCCAACGCAUGGGCUAGUUUCCAGGCUAGCACAUGUGUGUUUAAGAAAGGGGACAAUGGCCAGUGUUUCAGUGUUGGAUGAGUUGAACUGUUCAAUCUGUCUUGAUCUACUGAAGGACCCGUCGGCUCUUACCUGUGGGCACAGUUUCUGUUUGAAAUGCAUUACAGGCUGCUGGGAUCAAGAAGAGCAGAAGGAUGUUUACAGCUGCCCCCAGUGCAGAGAGUCCUUCAAUCCGAGGCCUGUUCUACGCAGAAACACAAUGCUGACUGAAGUUAUAGAGAAGCUGAAGAAGACUGAACUGCAGUUUGAUGUUAAGGCUCCUUCCUGUGCCGGACCAGACGAUGUGGAGUGUGACUUCUGCACUAGAAGAAAACAUAAAGCCAUCAAGUCGUGUCUAACAUGCCUGGUCUCCUAUUGUGAAGCUCACAUUCAGCCUCACUAUGAAGUGCCUCGCUUUAGCAAGCACAAGCUGGUGAAUCCCACCUCACAGCUACUGGAGAAGAUUUGCUCAAAACAUGACCGGAUUCUUGAGGUGUUUUGUCACAAUGAUCAGAAGUUAAUCUGUCUGCUGUGUUCAAUGGAUGAUCAUAAAGGACAUGAGACUGUAUCAGCUAUAGCAGAAUGGACCGAGAAGCAGAAAACAUUAUUGCAUUUGAAGGGGAAUAACCAGAAGCAACUCCAGCAGAAGGAGAAGGAGUUGGAGGAGGUGAAACAUGCUCUGAAGUCUCUACAGGCCACCAUACAGGCAGCUGUUGAGGACUCUGAGAUGAUGUUCACUGAGCUGAUCAGCUUCAUGGAGCAGAAGCGCUCUGAGGUGACUGAGUCGAUCAGAGCUCAGGAGAGGGCAGAGGUGAGUCGAGCUGAAGGACUCCUGGAGCAGCUGGAGCUGGAGAUCACUAAACUGAAGAGCAGAGAUGCUGACAUGGAGAAACUUCAGCCAAUCGAGGACCCCAUUGAUUUCAUUCAGAGUUUCCAGUCCCACUUCACUUCCUCAUCUCUGGCUAAUAUUCUUCCCAAAGUGACUUUUAAGCCACAGUUCUCCUUCAGUGAAGUGGUGAAAUCAGUGUCUCCAUCUCUGAGAGACCAGACAAAAUGUUUCCAUCAGGCAGUAUUCAAAGUCACAGGCUUCAUGAAGGGAGACCUGGUCAAACUGAAGACUCCUGACACCAUUUCCAAGUCCCUUUACUGUCCAUACGGCAUCCACAAAUAUAAUAUCAGUGUUGGUGGUGUGGGUGUGCUAUCAGAUUUGAUAGGGAGAGAUUACAUGACUGUUAUCUUCCCUGACCAUCCUGGCUGGUUGGGGAGAUCAUCUAGGCUGGAACUGGUAUUUGCAAUUAAUUAAAAUUCAGGAUAACUUACAGGUACACUCACAGUGACAUUAUAUUCGACCAGCCAAACCACAAUAUUCCUCUAAACAGAAUGGAAAAUGUUUUGUUUAUGUAAAUGUGUGUCUCUGGUUUUGUCACUCUUUUCUGCUUUCCAUACAGCACACCAAUCUGAAUUUAAUGCCAUGUGCAUGUCAGCUUUGCCGUUGUACACUAAAAAGGACACUUUUUUUUUUUAGUAUUUGUGAUGAAUGAAAUGACCGUGUUCAUUGGUCAUUGAGUUGUAUUUCAAGAAGACUGUUUUCCAUUGAAUUUCUAUUCAUGUGAUGUGUAUUGUAAGGGAAAUAAUUUAUAUGUUGUUGUUGUUGUCGUCCAGUGUAAUCUGUGGAAGCUUAAUAGGAUAUUGUUUAAAUGGACAUCUCCUUGCUCUAGUUCCAUGAAACAUUGCUAAUAAAUUUGAA